AUGCAGCCAUGGGUUCUGACCCUCCCUGUGACCUCUGGCAGCUUCCCUGACCCAGCUGCGGAGUUUCGGGAAGCCAUGGAGCGGCACGUCCCCAUUCACGCGCUGCCCGAGGAGAUCCGAAAGAUGUCCCGGGAUGAGACAGUGUGUAAAUACUGUGGAGUCAGCUAUUUGAUACUUCAUGAAUUUAAGGUGAUGGAAGAAAAAGUAAAAGCAAUGGAAAAGGAGAUUAAAUUUUAUGAAGGAAGUAUAGAACGGGAAAAAGGACUUCAAGCAGAAUUGCAGUCUCUUUACCAAGACCUUGAACACUAUCGAGGUGACAAUGAAUCAAAAACAGAAAGAAUAAAAAACCUAACAAUGGAACUUAAAACCAAACAAGAUGAAUUAAAAAAUGUGAAAGAAGAUUUGCGGUAUUUCCAAGAAGAAAAGGAAGCUGCCUAUAAGCAAUCACAAGUGCUCAGAAGUGAACUAGACAGUAUUAAAGAAGCAAUCUCCAGUAAUCUAGAGAACUGGGCUGCCCUGAAGGAAGAAAUUUUUCUACAAAUAAAAACUGUUAGCAAAGAAGCUUUGACAGUGGAGAAGAUACCCAAAUUGAACCAAAGAUUAGCAAAAUCCCAAAGAGAGAAUGAAUGCCUCCAAGAGAAGGUAAAACAUCUGACGGUGGUGGCCGACACGGUUGAGCUGAAAACUCAACAGCUUCAAACUUCGCUUCAGCAAGGGAAUGAGCUACAAAGUAGGUGCCGUGAACUACAAAAGGAAACGUUAGAUUUAACAAAUCAAGUAGAGACAAUCGGACUGAAGCUGCAGAAAGUAACGGCCGAGAUGGACCACUACAAAAAGCUGUUAAUGGUGAAAUCGACGGAAUUUGAUGCCUGUCAAAAUGAGCUGAAAAAAAUGAAAUAUGAAAAUGGAAUUUCUGAGUCAAGACUUACGAAGGAGCUGAAGGAAAAGGAGGAAUCUCUUCUGAUUUGCCAACAAGUAUGCAAACGUUUACAGGAGGAGAUGGCUGAGAAGGAAAGGAAAGAAGAAGAUCUAAAAAGAAGAACCGGUCGAUCAGAAAGUGAACUGGAAGCGCUUAAAGCUCUUCUUAAACAAACAGAGGAGGAGGUGGUGAUGUUGAAACAAGAAAGGGAGUUAAUGCUGAUUUCUCAUCAGAACAGAACAGAGCAGCUGCAGGAAACAUUAAGACAGAAGAUGCGGAAUGAAGAUAACUGGAGGGAGAAGAUGGAGAUCGAUCUGGCUAAAGGUGAAGCGCGGCACAAAGAAGCAAUUCUUAAAGUCAAGGAGGAAGCGAGAGUGGAACUAGACAUUGAGAGACAAAAACAGCAAGAACUAAUCACAAAAUAUCAGAGAGAUCACGAAGAGCUCCAGAAGAAGAUACCAGGAUUAAUAUCCAGUGCUACCAGUAGCUUAAGGGUGGAGACAGAAAUUCUUGAAAAGAAGCUACAAGAUGCCCAGACCAAACUUGCAGAGAAAGAUGAAGAUAAGGAAAAAGAAAUUCAGAGCCUUAAAAGACUAAUUACCGAACUCGAAUUUCAGCUGACAGUGGAAAAGAACAAUAAUGAAUCAUUUCUGGAUAAUAUGAGGAAAGAAAUUAAACACAAGUCAGAUGAACUGGAAAAAUUAACCCAGGAGAGGACACAGCUGAUUCACAAUUUGAGUCAGGUUCAAGAAGAGAACACCCUUCUCCAGGAAACGGUGCGCAGAGAGUGUGAGGAACGCUAUGAGCUGACUGCAGCUUUGACUCAAGCCAGGGAACAAGUACUGGAACUCAAAAAGCUGAGUGGAAACUUCCCGUUAUCGCCGUGUUCCCCGGCUCGGGGCUGCCUAACCUCCCCUGCUGCCCUGCUGCCUGCUUACGGACAGAAGAGCCGCACGAGCCCCGGCGCUGGGAAGGAAUCAAUCUCUCCGGACAGUUUGGUGACCCAGGCCACCCGCUCUCUGAGAGCUGCACUCAGCGGCGACGAGAGCAAACAGAACCACGGGGACCUGGUGGCCACUUCUGCCGCUUCCAGCAGUCCUGGCGUCGUUUGUUCAUGUGAUGGCACCAUCGAGCCGUAA